GCGCCAGUGGUAAUGGUGGUGGCCGUGUCGCGUACGCGUUGGCGAAUUCGAGCGAGGAGAGGGCCGAGCUCACCCGUCGGCAUUGAUAACAGCGGGUGGCCCGCCGCGACAGUCGGAGCCGGUCGCUCGUCGUGCGAGCGUCGUGACGUUGGCGUUCCUCGUGCUCGAUCCACGAACGACGCGGACUUGCCAGUCGCCCGACGACGUUCACUCGGUGGUCCGUCCCCGCGGUCAGUGCUUUGUCCGUUUUUUGUGCGCGAUCCGCGAGUGUCCCAGUGUGCCCAGUGUGUGAUCGACGAUGAGCGUGGCUGCGGCAGAUAGGACUGCGUCGCAGUUUUGAUUGAUACCGUCUUCACGGUGGCGACUUUCACGGCGACGUCGUUGAUUUAGACGGCUGCUGGUUUGAAAAUCUUGGAGAUCUUUCGCUUUCCCGCACAUAUUUCCUGUGUACGUGGGAAGUUGAAGUUUUUGCCGAUAAUCGACUUAGCAUCUGCCGCUUAACAAGACAAGUAUAAUUAUCGGGGAUACGAGGAGGACCGUUUCGUGAGCAGAUAUCCGCUUCGUAAAGAGCAUCUCUGAUAGCCGAUAGAAGCCGGGUCGAAUCCUAAGAUUGGAGUAAAUUGACAUUCUAUGGAAAAAAUGCGUUCAUCAUUCAUGAUCACGAGAUCGCUAUAAUUGGAGUCGGCGUAACCAGCUGGGGUUUCUACUAUAUCCAAAAACAAGAAAGUCUCCAGUUGAAUGAAGCGACAAAGCGGUACGAGAAUGCGGUGACGUUGAGAAACUGCUUGACUCGAAACUACAUAUCGUAAUGCACAUAUGCGAAUUAUUAAUUGAAACAUAAAAAAUCAUAUCCAAUUUACGACGCCGAUUGAUGCAAGACCAUUUUACCGUUCCACAUUGACGCAAGAACCAAAUGCGACAUAUCGAUUGCUAAACGUAUCACCUAAACGUAUAUCAUUAAAACUCGAUAUACGUCUGCCACGAUAUUGUAUAUAUAUAUAUUAAACUACUGGAAAAUUAGUUUCGCACAAUUUAGAGAUCUGCUUUAUCUCAUCUCGUGUGAUCUAGCGUGACGGUGUCGUGGGAGAUCAACUUUGAAGGUACAGUCUCGCCGAAACGGACGAUAAAACGCAUGUACACUGUCACGAAAGGUUAUCGAUGUUACACGUCGGUGACUCUCAGACAUUUCGAUUAGGAUAAAUCAUCGUUCUCCGGAGCCGAGGCUCAGCUCGCUGUGAAAUUCCUGGCGCGGUUGCUCGUGAAAGGAACGCGUCUCCCGUGGAUCUCCUCUCUCUCUGCCCGGGCGUUUAAUUAGCGUCCUCGAUCGUGUAGAAAGGAGGAAGCUAGCCUAGGCGCCCGGACCUUUCGACGUUACACGCCGAGAGCCGACCGGAGGGAGGCCGAAGAGGGACGAGAGGAUGUUGCUGAGGUAACACGACAUUUCGAGGCCGCACGAGAAGUACGAUAAUCAACGGCGCGGGAAGGUGUCGAUCGCAGCGGACGCAUAAAGGAAGGAUCGUAGACCGGCGGCGGAAGGAUGGGUUUCCCCAGGAGAAGGUCGCUGUGGUUGAAGGUGGCGGUGCUGGCGACCGCCGUGUGGGUGACCGUCUGUUUCCUACUCUACACGGAGGAUCGAGCGGCGGCGGCCUCCAUCCAGGGACUGGCGCCGUCGGGCGUCGCGAUGCCGCAGCAAGCGGCGGCGAACGGCUUUAUGCCGCCCGCGGCGCCGUUUAGGAAAGAAACGACCGGCAAUGUGAUCAGCAACAGAGCGAAGAUCAAUCAAGCCGGCCCGGAGCAAGAUUCCAUAGGUGAUGGAGUGUUGGCUGUACCACUAGAUGCUGUUGCACCCGGCGAGAUGGGCAGGCCUGUAAUAUUGCCGACCAACAUGUCCGCGCAGACGAAGAAGCUCGUGGAUGAUGGCUGGCUCAACAACGCGUUUAAUCAGUACGCCAGUGAUCUAAUCUCCGUGCACAGAUCCUUGCCCGAUCCACGCGAUCAAUGGUGCAAGGAGUCUGGUAGGUACUUGAAGGACCUUCCGCCUACAGCGGUAAUUAUCUGCUUCCACAACGAAGCCUGGUCCGUGUUGCUGCGUACGGUGCAUUCCGUGCUGGACAGAUCGCCGGAGCAUCUCAUACAAGAAAUCAUUCUGGUAGACGAUUUCUCCGACAUGCCUCAUCUCAAGCGCCAGUUGGAGGACUAUAUGAUGAAUUAUCCGAAGGUGAGAAUUAUCAGGGCGAACAAACGAGAGGGCCUUAUCAGGGCGCGUCUGUUGGGCGCCGCGGCAGCCAAAGCUCCGGUGCUCACGUAUCUGGACAGCCAUUGCGAGUGUACGAAGGGCUGGCUGGAGCCACUUCUGGAUCGGAUCGCCCGCGACCCGACGACGGUAGUUUGUCCGGUGAUCGAUGUUAUAGACGACACCACCCUGGAAUACCACUGGCGCGACUCGGGCGGCGUAAAUGUCGGUGGAUUCGAUUGGAAUCUCCAGUUCAAUUGGCACGCCGUGCCAGAGAGGGAGAAAAAGAGGCACAAAAACUCGGCCGAACCCGUUUGGUCGCCCACGAUGGCUGGCGGCCUCUUUUCGAUAGAUCGAACCUUCUUCGAGCGAAUCGGCACGUACGACAGCGGCUUCGACAUCUGGGGCGGCGAGAAUCUUGAAUUAUCAUUUAAAACCUGGAUGUGCGGAGGCACUCUGGAAAUCGUGCCGUGCUCGCACGUGGGCCACAUCUUCAGGAAACGCUCGCCUUACAAGUGGCGCAGCGGCGUGAACGUGCUCAAGAGGAACAGCAUAAGGCUGAGCGAAGUGUGGCUGGACGAGUACGCCAAGUACUACUAUCAGAGGAUAGGUCACGACAAGGGGAACUACGGCGACGUAUCUGAGCGAAAGGCUCUUAGGAAGAAACUGGGGUGCAAGUCGUUCAAGUGGUACCUGGACAACGUUUACCCGGAACUCUUCAUUCCGGGUGAGGCGGUCGCCUCUGGAGAGGUCCGAAAUCUUGGCGAGGGCGGUAACACGUGCCUGGACUCGCCCGCUCGCAAGGCCGAUUUGCACAAACCGUGCGGACUAUAUCCCUGUCAUCGACAGGGUGGAAAUCAGUACUGGAUGCUCAGCAAGACGGGCGAAAUCCGUCGGGACGAGUCGUGCCUGGACUACAGCGGCAGCGACGUUAUUCUCUACCCAUGCCACGGAAGUAAGGGGAAUCAACAAUGGAUCUACAAUUCUCAGACUAAUCACAUCAGGCACGGUAGCAGCGACAAAUGUCUGGCGAUCACGGAGAACAAGCAGCAACUGGUGAUGGAGGAAUGUUCGUCCAACGCCCCGAGACAGAGAUGGUCCUUCGAGAAUUACGAUCCGUCGAAGCUGUGAUACCGCGCUUUCUCACGCCGUCACUCGCACAAUCGUGGUCACGGUCCCGAGCGCGCCUGGCUGCCUGGGAAACGUUACUCGAUCGCCAAGACCCGGUUUGGCAGAUAAAUCUCGACGGAUUCCACCAGAAAUCGCAGAGACUACUCCCGUUCCGAUGGAAUCGCUUGACGGACGCCGACUCAAGCUCCACGCGUUUCCUCGAUGUUCGCCGAGGAAUGCCGAACUGUCGGAAGGAUGAAAGGUCCGUCGUCCUCUCGGCGAGCCCGAAGUGUGUGUGAAAUAAAACGGAAGAUCGAUUGAAGAUGCAACGAAACGUUUGCGAGGACAAUACACUUAGAGAAUUUUGUACUCGAAAAGCUGCAUUUAAUUAGAAUAAGUUUGCGAUGCGCACGUCGCUCGAAUCGAUUAUGAUUUGAGUUUCAUGUUGUAGCCCUAAGUACUAAGAGUAUUACGAGAGAUUAGUCCGAACGUGAUCGUGGACGAACGUGAUCGCAUCGACCAUCGAAUUAGCUCUCGAUCAUCACUUUCGUUCGCUGAUCAUUUGCGCUUCCACGAAGGACCGAGGAGGAAGCAGGAUGCUCGAUGUUAUCAUCGGGAACGAUGCGCGCCGUGUCGAUCCCUGCGAGCGAAUCGUCGAUUGUUUGUCUUGAAUGAUGAGUAUAGCGAAUUGUAUUUCUCUUUAUCCCUCUGCGUGUUACGGCAAUUUUCGAGAACAAACUGCAGAAAUGUCUUCGACGAGUUUAAACGCGACCGUUACCUUUAGGAAAGUCAAGUGCCAAAUUUCACAAAUACUCCCGCCCAUUUUAAGCUCGCUGUAACCGGAGACGGACUUCGGUGCAGAGCAAAAUAACGAAAUACGCACCAAUGUAACUGUAAUAAAAACGUGUAGUCGCGUGUACCGUAAUGAUUUCAGAAGAUUGUAUCGAUGGACGAUAUCUGUGAGCAUUCGUGCCCUUCUGCUGUACUCUUGGUGUGCCAUGUGCGAGUCCGAGGGAAAAACACGAAGAGAAUUACAAUUCCCUUAACGCAAGUUGCGUUUGAAUAAUUUGCAUUGUUCUCACGCAACGGCUCACGAGAUAGCAUGCAUCUUAUGUAACAGAGAUGUUUUACCUUCAAGUUAUUUCUGAUUGCGCGUUUCUCGAUAUUCGAGAAGUAUUUCGAAGAUAAAGUUGUCGCCAAUGAGGACACGAGCAAUUUUGCUCUACUGCUCCAUUUUAUUUCGAAGGCAUGCAAUAAGUUCAACCGAUCACUGUCCGUAUCAUUCCUUAUAUUGAAUAUCCUUAAAUAAUUGCCAGACGUCAUAGUCGACAUCACUAAUCGACGAUUCAAUCAUCCGCGACGGCGUUUGCCGAUCGCUCAUAGUCUCUGUCUUGCUUAAUAGUCUGUUGCCUCUACGGAGGUAAAUUCCACAUUCCAGACUCACCGAACGAAGACGUCGACGAACAAAAAAAGAAUAUAUUUUCUUUUUAGUUUUUAAUUUAGGUACUUGCGUAGAUUUAAUUAGGAACAACGCAGGGGGAGGGGGAGGAGCGAUAAAACAUUCCGGUCACGAAUCGUUUAAUUCUACUUGUACAAUACAUUUGUGUAAGAUACAAUGUCUUGAUGCCAGUUCAGAGAACGUAAGUACCGCCUAAGUAGGUCUAAGAGAGUGUUACUAAGUAUGUGAACAUGUAUGAGUUAUUAAUCGUGAGCGGAUCGCUUCGCUUUUGACAGCCGCGAACGGCUCGCGAUUGUGAAUCAGCAAUUAGUUGGACAUAUUAUAAAUUUGCUAGCGAAUACUUCAUGAAAAGGUACACUUUUACAAGGAAACAUGAAUUGUUUCUUAUAAUUUUUAGCUACAUAUCACUAUACGAGCGCGAUUAAGAAUCAAUCGCGAAUAAUACAGUCUUCGUAUAAAAAUAAGAUUUUAAUCUAAAAUACAUUAACGUGUCUUUACCUGUUAGUUACGUGUUUAAAAAUUUAUAACAUGUUCGCCUGAGAAAGAGGUCUAAUUUAAAACUAGGGACGCGUGUGAUUUAACAGUUUUAUCCGUCAAGUUCUUUAGGUAUUCAGAUUUUAAAAAUAAUUUUUACGUGCCAACAAAAUUAAUACUGUUAUAUGUUAUGUAAAAAUACACAAUAAAAAAUGAAAUCGACAAUUGUAAAGGCACUGGCCUAGAUCAUUAAUUCUUCUACGAAUCAUGUAUGUGUAAUUUUAUUUAUUUUUUUCUCUUUUGCGUUACGUUUGAAAAUACAAUUAUAAAAUUUUAUAUGUCGAAGAAAUGUAGCGAAGGAAAUUUAAAUAUCGUGCGUGGAACUUUUUCUUUAUGAGAGUUGUGAAAAAGCGUACAUAGCUCUGUUAAAAUCAACCGAAUAAUGUCCAUUUCUACCAAAAUAGAUUUACUUUAAUCUCGAUUUAACCUACUCUUUAGUUUUUUGUAAUUUUUGCAAAUAAAAAAAGACAAUGAGUCGGUUACAUAAACCCAGAUCAAAGUUAAUCUAUCUUGGUACAUGAAAAGAACGGUUUUGCUGAAAUAUGUAAAAAUUUAGCUCAAUAGAUCUGCAAUUUUCUGCAUAAUUUUUGUUAGAACCCUGAAAUUAAUUGUAGAACGCUCAAAUUGGUGGUUGUUAGAAUGUUAAAAUUUUAUACAGCCUCGCUCAUCAUGUGUUAAACGUCCUUCAUAAUUAUUUCAUGGUCCAACGAAAUUAUUUUCAUAUCUGAAUCCGUAGCUUUUUUAAAUAUUUGAACAAAAUCAUUCUUUCCGCGUGGAAAUGGCUAUAAGAUAUUCAAAACGCGCAAUGAAAAUUUAAGAGUUGCACGGCUGCACUUUUUGCGCGACGGUGCGAGCCGUAAAUUCGCAUGUAAAUUAGUGUAUGAGUGCAUUAAAUAUUAAUUGCGGAAAAAAAUUCGCAUAGAGAUGAAAAGAGAGGAGAGAAGACGGCGAGCGCCGGCCCGCAUACGAGUGCGUUGUUUAAAAUUAGACACGACUAAUUAGCGAUUCUCAUUUUAUCGAUUUAAUCGAACGCCGCAAUUUUCCCAAUGCGAAACACGAGAUGGGCAGUUGAGUAACUUUUAGGAGUGUGAUUGUGCAAGUCGCGGAUAAUCUGGCGUGCGAGAAUCCACCUCGCGAUUCGUUCCUAAUGGUCCGACGCGAGCAGGCACGGAGCACGAGUGCAGACGGAGAUGCGUUUAUACAGAUUAUACAUAUAUAUAUAUAUAUAUGACAUUUUCUACAUUUGGUAAGGACGUUGCAUAUCGUGAGGGAUGGAGACAAUUGAUAGUAAUUGUAAAUGUGUAACGCGCGACCGCCGGAGAAAGAAAGAGACGCGUGUUCUCUGCGUACACGGCGCCCGUCGCGCAUUUAAUUAUAUAAUAUCAAACGUGCCUUAUUUCGUGUAUAUAUGAAUAUUAUUAUCAUUAUUAUAUCAUUACUACAAACCUCUAUCAUAACGUGCAAGUAUUUGUGUUAAAUAAAUCGAUGUUGUUUUAUGUUA